CAAUUCUCUCUCUCUCUCUGACAGACAUUUCACCAUGGGCGCCCUCUCAAUGUCCACUCUGCUCAGUCCACUUCCUGCUUCACUUAAACUACGCAACACUUACUACAAAUCCCCUCCCAUCUCAGUCAAAGCUCACAUUUCUUCUUCAUCUUCAUCUAUGGCGAACUUCCAUGGCUUCCAACCAAGAACCUCACCUACGCUUGAACUUCCAAAGUUAGGGUUUGACCUUGAAACGUCCUCAUAUCCUCUCUACCCAACUUCGAAUUCUCCGCAGACGCAGGAAGCCGCCAUGAGAGGUGCAUCAUCAGAUGUGAUGGGGUUGCUGCUGAAGCAGAGGAUUGUUUUCUUGGGCAACAAUAUCGAUGAUUUUGUCGCUGAUGCAACUAUUAGUCAGUUGUUGCUCUUGGACGCUCAAGAUCCUACUAAAGAUAUUCGUCUCUUCGUUAAUUCCCCCGGAGGAUCUCUGAGUGCAACAAUGGCAAUUUAUGACGUGGUGCAACUCGUGAGGGCAGAUGUUUCCACCAUUGCACUUGGAAUCACAGCAUCAACUGCCUCAAUCAUCCUUGGUGGUGGCACCAAAGGUAAGCGUUUUGCAAUGGCUAAUGCACGGAUAAUGCUUCAUCAACCUCUUGGAGGUGCUAGUGGGCAAGCAAUAGAUGUGGAGAUUCAGGCCCGAGAGAUCAUGCAUAAUAAGAAUAAUGUCACUCGAAUCAUCUCUUGUUUCACUGGAAGGACAUUUGAACAAGUCCAGAAAGAUAUUGACAGGGAUCGGUACAUGUCUCCAAUUGAAGCUGUUGAAUAUGGAAUUAUAGAUGGAGUUAUUGAUAGAGAAGGCAUUAUCCCACUUGAGCCGGUACCAGAGAGGGUUAAAUCAAGACUGAAUUAUGAGGAAAUAAGUAAAGAUCCAAGAAAAUUCCUGACACCAGAUAUUCCUGAUGAUGAGAUAUACUAGCUUCGGUGACAUUGGAUGCAGUUUUGCAGUAUCUGCCUCAUUGGCAUAUUGCUUGGCAGUUUAGUGGGUUUGAACCUUCUUUUCUCCAAAGGUGGU